AGUGUGGAUACGCUAACUUAAAAUCUAGAAAUUUCUCUGAAUAUGUCGGCUUUCAGAAAAUACUAAUUUUUAAACAGUCAUUAUAUUUCCUUUCAACUAAACAGUCUAGAAAAGGUAAUUUGUGUUCAGGAGAUUCCAACUUCUUAGUGAACUUGAUUUUGUCAUGAAUGUUGUUGACACAUUUAAAUAGUUCGUCUAAACUAUCUUGUUUUAUAAUGACAAAAGUUUCAUCUACGUAUCUUAACCAAAUUUUCGGUGGAAUGGAACACAUCGAGAUAGCAUUUGUUUCCAAUGAAUGCAUGAAUACGUUAGCAACAAUUGGAGUAACAGAUGAUCCCAUAACUACACCUGUUGUUUGUCUGUACAAAUCUCCUCAAAAAAUAAAAAAAACAGUUGAAUGCAAACAUAAAUCCAACGCUUUAAUAAUGUCUGAAGGAUCUAGAGGACAACGUUGUUUAAGCUUUAUUAACAGGAACAUUAGUCAACAAUGAGCAAACAUCAAAACUUGCCAUUAUUUCAUCCUCUUCUAUGAGGAUAUUAUUGAUAAUGUUUUUGAUAUCAUUAGAAUUUUUUAUUCCACAUUUGAUUACGC